GGCCAGGUGAGCGGAUUUGGUCGUCGGGGCGCCGGCCGCGGCGCUCCAGGGCCCAGCAUGCGCGGGGGGCCCCGCGGCCACCAUGUACGUGGGCUAUGUGCUGGACAAGGACUCCCCCGUGUACCCCGGCCCGGCCAGGCCCGGGAGUCUCGGCCUGGGCCCACAAGCCUAUCCCCACCCGGGCCCGGCCCCUGCUCCCCCGCAGUACCCCGACUUCACAGGCUACACUCACGUGGAGCCGGGCCCCGCGCCCCCUGCGGGCUGGGGAGUGCCCUUCCCAGCGCCCAAGGACGACUGGGCCGCCUAUGGCCCCGGGCCUGCGGCCCCAGCAGCCAGCCCAGCCCCGCUGGCCUUCGGGCCCCCUCCGGACUUUAGCACGGUGCCCGCGCCCCCAGGGCCGGGCCCCGGCCUCCUGGCACAGCCCCUCGGGGGCCCAGGCGCACCGUCCUCGCCAGGAGCGCAGAGGCGGACGCCCUACGAGUGGAUGCGGCGCAGCGUGGCGGCCGGAGGCGCCGGUGGCAGCGGUAAGACUCGAACCAAGGACAAGUACCGUGUGGUCUACACAGACCACCAGCGCCUGGAGCUGGAGAAGGAGUUCCAUUAUAGCCGGUACAUCACCAUCCGGAGGAAAUCAGAGCUGGCUGCCAACCUGGGGCUUACUGAACGACAGGUAAAGAUCUGGUUCCAAAACCGUCGAGCGAAGGAGCGCAAAGUGAACAAGAAGAAGCAACAGCAGCCGCUGCCACCCCCACAGCUACCACAGGCCCUGGACACCCUGGAAGGCACCCCCACCUCAGUGGGGCCACCCCUGGGGGGCCUGGGCCCCAGCAACACUGGCCUCCUGGGUGCUUCCUCCCCAAUGCCUGUCAAGGAGGAGUUUCUGCCCUAGUCCUUCCCAGUCCUGUGGCUGUAGGACCUGGGGAGUCAGGUGGUGGGGACAGAGCUCUGAUGGGGUUCAUGACAUAAGGCCUGGUCUUAGCCCCAGCCCUGCCUCUGUCACCAUGGACAAGUCACCCACGCACUCCCUGCAUCCCCUGGCUCGUCUGUGUGGAGAGCCUAUUGGCUAAGGACCUCUUCAGGAGCCUAUGUUCUGGGCCCCAGGAGGAUAAGGGAGCCUAGGUGGGCACUCUCAACCUCUGGGGAAAUCUCAAGCUUCAGAAGGCUGAGUGGAGGGCCAGGACAGGGGGCCAGGCUCCAUAGGUUCAGUGGGUGAGGUGGGAGGCUGCUGUAGGGAGCAGCUAGACCCUGGAGAGAGGGGGUACUGCCCAGAGAAGAUGGGAUGCUUGCAGGCUGUGACCACUCCCCCCUGCCUCUUCCUGCACCCCCACCUUCACCUGCCCUUCCCCGGCCUGGGUCUGAGGUGAGGCUCUGAUGAGUGUUCUCUGACUGGCAGAGCCCUGUCCACUGGCUGGCGCUGGCAGGGAGGCCUUCAAUGAGGGGGUGGGUGACCAGGAAAAGGGCAGAGUGCACCCUGUGGGUCUCACCACCCAUCAUCAGGCUGUCAUCAGGGCCUAGGCCCCAGGGAGCCCCAGAGACUGUCUCUGCGCCAAGCAGCGCUCACAGCUGGACAGGUGUUUAUUACAGACGGUGACUCUCGUGGAUGCAGCUUCAAGAAUAAAUUUUUUCCUCUUUUUAAAGAUGUAUAAAAAUCAUUAUACAUAGCAUUAAAGAAAAAUGUUUAAGAAGUGUACACCAUCCUCUCCCUUCCCUAACAAUUAUGUAUUCCCUUCCUGUUUUGCAGGCCUACAACAAGGUCACCUUUAAAAUACAUUUAAAAGAUCAAAACAAGA